GGGAGGGGGGAUGCAGGAUAUUCUCACAGGAUGUGAUGGCUGGACAGCAGCCGGAGCCGAGCGAUGUGCAGGGAAGAGUCAGCUGAGAGAGGAGUGCUCGGCUUUAGGUGUGUUUGCUCGGUUUCUAUCGAUCUGUGAGUGGGAGGGAGAGCGCGCUGAGGAUGUGAAAUCCACGAGGUCAGGAGGUUCUGUGAAGAUCGGUCAUCAGCUGAAAGUGAGCACCAUGACUGCCAUCCAGCUGCUCUUCCCGCUGUUGGUCAGCUGCGUGGCAGCAUCCGCACGCCCUCCCCGCCACCUCUCUGCAUGCCAAGUGGUCCAGAUGGACGUCUUUUGCAGCAAUCUGAACCUCAGAAGUGCCCCAGUCAACCUUCCUCAUGGCGUCCAAAUGCUGGAUCUUUCCCUUAACCAGGUGCAAAACCUCACCAUGGAAACUCUGGCGUACCACACCAGCUUCAACCACCUGAAUCUUCAUUCGAACAAGAUCCACUUCAUCCAGCCCGGGCUCUUCAGAGACAUGACUGAUCUCAAAGUCUUAGAUCUGUCCAGGAAUCAUCUGAAUGUUUUUACUCACUCCAAAAUCAACAUUGGGCCUCUUACAGCUGUUGAGUCACUUGAUCUUUCAAGCAACGGGCUGUAUACAGGAAUGUCCGACUAUUUCCUUGCUGAUUCCCCGUCGCUGGCAAACCUUUCUCUAAACAGCAACAGCAUCACCAAAAUAGCACAAAAUACUUUCAGUGGGUCAUCGUCCCUUAAAAGAAUCAACCUCCACAAUAACGUCAUCUUAGAGAUUGAAGACGGAGCAUUUGACUCCUUGAAUCAUCUGACUGAGCUCGACUUGUCCAAGAACUCGAUCACGUGUAUCACAGACUUUAAUUUGUGCCAUUUAAAAGUUCUUAAUCUCAGCAAGAACAGCAUGGAGUUUUUCCAAAGCACAAGAUCAACAGACUCGUAUGACCUUCAAAUUCUUGAUCUAAGUGAAAACAAAAUGCAUUAUUUCCCUCUUCUGCCCAGAAACAAUGUGCUCCAAUACCUGGAUGUGUCGAGAAACCAACUUCAGAGCAUCAAUGUCACGGCAAGUCAUGACAGAAGGACAACUGUUCAUCUCUUUCAUCUGAGAUACUUGGACAUGAGUUACAACCAACUACAAAUCAUACAUGAGUCCUUUUUUUACUGUAUGGCCUCGCUGGAGGUCCUGAAUGUGAGCAAUAAUUGUAUUAGCUCGUUUUCAAUCACAAAUGAAGGUCUCCUGCAGACGGUGAAGGUCAUUAACCUCAGCUAUAAUUCGCUGCAGAGUCUGACAUUUGGUGAGAACACUCUGCCGUCGCUGGAAGAGCUCCUCUUGCAAGGAAACGACCUCACCAAUUUAGACCAUCAAAUAUUUCAAAAACUUCCAAGUAUCAAACACCUGUACCUCCAGGAGAACGAUCUGGAAAUCUGUGACGCAGACCAGAACUGCAAAAAUCCUCCAGCAUGUGUCUCCUUUUCUUCCAUACCAAACUUGCAGUUCCUGUACAUCUCUGAAAACAAUCUUCAAACUCUUCCCUCGAACGCUUUUGCCAACACCCCUCUGAAGUUACUGGACUUGUCACUGAACCCAGGCCUAGACAUGGACAGAGACUCCUUUUCAGGUUUGGAGCGCUCCCUGGUUCACCUACUCCUGAGGGAAAACAACAUUUCCUGUCUAAACACAGACCUGUCAUCACUUAAGAGUCUCAAACACAUAGACCUGUCCACCAACCAGUUGACCACUCUACCUAUGUGGAACAGAGAGUCAUCCAUUGAGUCUCUAAACCUGCAGAACAACAACCUGGUCACCCUUGAGCCCAGCACCAUGCUCGCUCUGGAGCACUCUCUAAAAACCCUCUACAUGGGCUCCAACCCUCUAAGCUGCUGCAGCAACCUCGCCUUCCUGCAAAUGGUCAAGAACUCGGCUUUGACUAUUGCUGACCUAGAGACUGUGACAUGCGUUCUUGAGGAUUAUUCAGAGCCGGUGAACAUCGGGAAGGUGACGGAGGAAAUGUGUCAGAAACCAAAGAUCCAGAACUUUGUUGUUGUUGUGGUUUUGACAGCGUUAUUUUUGCUAAUCGUGCUAGGACUGCUGAUUAAAUGUUGCCAAUCAAAGAAACGAAAGCCCAGCAGACGCUUCAACGCGUAGAGCAAAUGAACAGUCCACAUGAAGGACCAUGAAUGAAUUAUAUCUGGAACUUCUUCCAGUUUCUUUUCAUGUGAAGGUUGCAGGGUUUCAACCAGGAACAGUAAGACAAACAUGAAUGUAGAGUCAACUGAGCAUGGGCUCAGAUGGGGCUCUUAAGUUGGUUGGUGUUGUAGCCAAAAUGGGCAACCCAGAAGAAUAUACAAGGGCUUCAAUAGGGCGUAUCAUUUCCACCUCAAAAUUGGUUAUUGAUAUGUCCCAAGCUUGCUUCAGUCAUGCAAAAUGGUCAAUGUUGGAGCUCAUCAAGGGCCCGCCAUCAAAACAUUGGGGCCCUCUUGUGUCUGGCAUCCGUUUAUGCUGAGGACGAACUUUGCUAGGUCCCAAUUGGAAAUCCCCAAAAAGAUGAAGAGUGAAUGCAACCAAUCUCGCCCAACCAUUGGUUUGCUGGUUGAGGAUUGGGUUAGCCGUAUAACCUCACAACUGAAGUCAAUAAUCCAAACUGGUUGAACAGAAGAAGAUAAGGGGUGGUUUGAUUUUUAGCUAUGACAAAUUCAUGGGCUGUGGCACUGCCAAAACGAAAACUUGCCAUCAUAUUCCCAAAAAUGAAGACAAUAGUUUUGAAACAAAUUAAGAGAAGUUUGGACAUUUGAAAGGAACUCUGCUCUGCAUCGUUUGGUCAUUUAAGGAACCGCAACUUAAAGCACUGUGUUUCCUAUAAGGAUACAAUGCAUAUCCACAUAUUAUUGAAUGUAAAAGGAAGAUUCACACUAAAACACAAUGAUAAACAUGCUUUCUUGAUGGAACUAUUAAGAGAAAAAUAAUACCACUUUCUAAAUAUGAAACCUGGGGUAGUUGGAAAUUAGCUAAACUCAGCCUAUAGCAUACAGAAUAGGGAAAGGGGGAACAGCUAGCCACGUUUUAUCCAAAGGUUACAAAAUCUAGCCACUUAAACCCCUAAAGCUUUAAUUGAUUAGUAAUAACUUAGCAGUUCAACUUUGGAACAACGCCACGCUCUGUCGCACGAAGCCAGGACACAACUCCUUUGCAUUGUGUUCAUGUUUUCUUUGUGAUAUUUCCUUAAAUUAAAGAAAAGAUUGUAAGCACACUGAGCAAUCUAAAACACACAUAUCGGACAUUAACGAGGGAACCAGAAGUUAUUUUAGGAACCUAGCAACAAGCGAGGUUGUGAGCACUUCCAGCACAAAAAGCGCCGGCCCAAACUCCCAGCAAAAACAUAAAGUUUAAGAAAGUUUUCCAUUAUGAUUUUUUUUUCCUUUAAAAGGGUUCAAUGAAGGGUUGGUUAAACAAAGAAGUAAACAAGAGAGAGAGAUGGAGAUAUAAGAUAUCUUUGAUAUCGGUGACAUUUAGUGUUACAGUAUCUGAAAGGGGAAAUUUCCUUUAAGCUAAAAAUAAAAAAGAGAACACUACAAAAAGGUCAUGAAACAAAACGGUCACUUCAUGAAUGAUGAAGUAUGAUAAAAUUAAGUCUGUGUGUGUGUCCUUGAUGCGGUUUGCACUUUAAAUGUCCCUUGUGUGAAUGCAUCUUGUUCUGAGACAGCUAACACUAAGAAGUUAUGAUUUUAAACGUAUUAAACUGAGCUUGACAUUUAAACAGUAUGUUCCCCAGGCCUGCAGUGCUCCCCAUGGGGACACAGUUUUAAAAUGUUGAUGGAAAUGAAAGCGGGAUUAAACACUGACAUAGAUAACUGUGAUUCUCUGAGAUAGAGGGACAGUAUACAGAAUAGUAUAUUGUAUUUUUUUAAUGAAUUAAUAUUCAAUCCAGCGCUGUUUUGUAAAGGGCAACACUGGGACACAUAGCUUCGUAUCAUGUUGUUAAUAAAGUUUUUUUUAAAGAAA